UUAAUAAACACAAACAUCAAAAAUAUGCUGGGAAUAAGACUAAGGGCAAAGAAAGUAUGGUGAGAAAAAUAAUUGCCUAAAAGAAUACACAAUUACCGACCUAAACUCAUCUAUAAAUACAAAAUUUGCGACCUAAAAUCUCAAAUUAAUUUUAAUUCUUAUUCUUUUUUCCACCGCCGCUCCGUCCAAGCCUUUCAUCUCUGUUUCGCAGUUGGCAUAGGUUCUGAUUCUGCAAUCUCUCUGCCACGCCGCAACAUCUUUCACCUUCGCAUCAGCAGGGUGACUAAUUUUCAUUUCGUAGUCGCCAUGAAAAGGGAGGCCUGAAGAAACCCAUUUUCGUCUGUUGUCCUUAAUAAUAUUUUCCUCGAUCAUAAAUUAGUUUGUCGAGGACAUCAUCUGCAUAUAAGUUUUUGAAAUUUUUAAUUAGUAAGCCUAUCAUCAUACCAUCUUUUUGUGACAUUAAUGUCCACAUUACAAUGUCAUGAACCCCUGAUUGAGAAUGUGUUUCACUUAGAAUUCGAAGUACUCUACCUACACGAAUAAUAUGUUCCAAACCUAAUAAAUUAAUGCAUAAUUGUGACAACUGAAUUUUAUAGAACUUUUAAAUGUUGAAUAAAGAUCAAAUCACUCAUAGAUAAAAUAGUAGUCUUCCUACCAUGUUCAAUCAAAUUUCACGUGUUAUACUCUUUAAUAUCAUUGUAACAUGAUAAAAAUCGUCAGCGUUAUUGACUUUACUUGGUUGGGUUGCAUCAUCUAAUUUUGAUACAUGUUGUUAAACUAGUGGCUGCAAGGGAAGCCCUCAUGUAAGUCAAGUUAGGAGGACUGUAAGGAAAAUGGGACUUCAGUUCAAUUCUAAGAGGCAAUUGCCUUUUCCAACUUCAAUAAGGCAAUCAUGUACUCUUGGAAUCGAACCGAAGUUCCCAUUUUUGUGAUUCUUCAACAUUUUUUGUUCUUCCUAUGUGUAGUACUUUUCCCAUUGAUCCUGCUGUGUUCUUUGUAGUGGUGAUAUUGAUCCACCAGGCACCCAUAAUUGACUGCACAUGAGGUUUGAUGUUUUAAUUUAUAUUAAGAAAACUUAUCUUUGUUUAAGGGUUUUAUUGUUGUUUGUUUUAGACGAUGGGAUUUUAAUGUAUAUUAUAUGUCAUGGAUUUUUGUGUAUUUGUUAUGUGCUUUAUUUUACAAGUUAUAGCCAUUUAUCAGUUAUCUAUGAAGUUUAGCUUUACAUUUGUUAUUAACUGGUUCUACCGACGGUUGGACCAUGACUUGGGGUCUCGCCAGUUCAACUUCAGGUCUGGUUUGAAAACAUUGACUUUAGGUUUUAGAUAGUAGUUUAGAAGGUAACUUUGACAUGUGUUUAGGUGUUUUCAUUUUGCAAUUCUGAACUAGUAAACAUAUCAUAUGCACAUCUCAGCUUUAAGCAUGGAUCCUGAAGCUGCAAGAAGUGCACGAGAAUCUUUGGACCUGGCAUUUCACAUGUCCAAUAUACUCGACACGGGUUUAGACCGUCAUGCACUUUCUAUUCUCAUUGCCCUCUGUGAUCUUGGGGUCAAUCCUGAAGCACUUGCUGCUAUUGUCAAGGAACUUAGAAAGGAGAGGCUCCCACUGUCAUCAUUGCUUCCUACACCUCCUUCUUAAUCAUGAAUGUAUUUUGUUAUAUCUCUCUCCAAUGUUGUUUUAUGGAAGGUAUUUUUUAUGUUUAUAUUUGAAUUGUUGUAUGCAUAUUGAGACACUGGUUUAUCAAGAAAUGUUGGUUAAUUUUUUAAA